AUGUCGCCAGUAAAUAUGAUGAUCGAUGCGCGUGCUAUUCACAACGACACGCCUACAGACUUUAACGGGUUCAUUGGAUCAGAUUCUGUCCGUAGCGGUUGGGAUGCCUUAUUCAGUCUUUGGUGUACGUGGGCUGUCCACUGGGUGUUACGAAUCUAUUUCGCACGGCCGGCCAAAGAUGAGAAAAGUAACGAUGAAACGAACGACAGAUGUUGUCGCAGGGCAAAGGCAUUUAAAAGAAGUCACAAGCUUCUUACUCAUUUAUUGUUGGGUCUUCUCACCGCCUUAAUUUUCAACAGUAUGGCUCGCGGUUCGGGUGUUGCCGUCCAAAUCUGUAGUUGGAUAUACUUUGGAAUAGGUUCAAUCUGGGUACAAGCGCAAUUUGUGGCUAGAAGACAUAUAAAAUUAAUCAGAAAAAUUGGUGUUACGCUUGAAGCUAGUCUUUUACUUGUCAUCUUAAUUCACGCUUAUAUUGGUAGAAAGGUUUGUCUGCCACCAAGACUGUGUGCUAUAAUUACAAUAUCUUCUGCCGCAUCAAUCGCUCACUUGGUCCACGCAACCUACGGAAUCAAUCUCUUUGUUCUCUUAAUGAGAUUGUAUUCACAUGAUAGAAUCAAAGAUGUUACACCAUCGCCGAACUUAAUUGUAGCAACGAGGUUGCCUCAACCUCAGCUGAAUGCAGUCAAAAGAAAGCAUACUCAGCGACAAUUGCAACAACCUACGCAGAAGGUAACUCAAACUACGGAACAUGAGAAUAUGAAACGACAGGAUAAAGACACGGAAGAGGUCAAAGAAAAGCAACAGAUAGAAGAUCAGGGAACACGUAAAAGAGGACGACCAGCCAAACAAGUACAGCUGACAGAAAACCAGCAGCCGCGUAAGAGAGGCCGGCCGGCCGGUUCCAAAAACAAGCCGCGAACAAACGAGGAUAAUCUUAAAAAACCAACUAGAACGCGAACAAGAACACGAGAACCUGUGACGACAGAGGCGGCAGCGGCAGCAACCACCACUGUUACCCCCGCCACUACCACCUCCGUCACUACAACCAUCGCCACCAACACAACAACAACAACAGCAGCUGUAACGCCAGUGACACCAGCAACAGAAACAACACCAGUAACACCAGAUCUAAAUGUUUUUUCAUUCUCUGCUACCUCUCAACCAGAAUCUCCGACUGUUGCAUCUCCUUCGACUUCGAUCGAACAGUCUUCUGGAAUGACACGUGUAAAAAUGUUACUAAGUCAGAUGGACAAUAUGUCACUCGGUUACUUUGGGAAACUGGUUGAUGAUAAUUACGACGAGGAAUGGAUGAGUGAAAGUUAUUUGACCGAUCUGCGCCAUCAACAGCAACAGUCUUCUUUGUGUGUAUCCUAUCCGACAUGGUCGCAUCAAGACGAAUGUGAAUGGAAGACAUGGAUGCAAGAAGUAGAAGCUGAAAUGUCACGUAAAUGUCUUGAUAGUGAUGGUAUAAGUAAGGCACAAGAAAUGCUGGAGAUAGUAGGGAACAUGGACUUGUUGGAAAUCAAACAAUUUCUUAAUGUGUUGAAUGAAAAUUGGAUAUAA